GUUGGCAUUGAAGACUAAAUCUCUCAAAUUAUGAUCUUCCUUGAAGCUUGAUGUUGAUGGAUUAAACACGUACUCUGAUGGCUUUGUUGAUGACCUGAUUGAGCCCCUUCAUCUUUUGCAUAUAAAGUUGAACCAGAUUACUUAUUGUCAGUCUGCAAUAUAAAGGUUACCCAAACAACAUGGGCCUCCCGGGCGGGUUCGGUUCUAUUCUCAUCGGGGCUUUGAUGUCCGCCUUGUUAUAUGGCGUAACAAAUCUGCAGACUUACGUGUAUUACAUGCACUAUUCUGAAGAUGCUUCGACCACAAAGGUCUUGGUUGCUGCAAUAUGGGUUCUGGAUACCUUGCAUGUCUUCUUCGUGUGUCAUAUGGUGUACUACUACUUGAUAACCAGUUAUGGCGUGCCGACGAAUUUGGAGCAUCUUACGUGGUCAUUCUCAGCAUCAGUUCUGGUACAUUCAUUCGUGAUUUCUAUAGUUCAACUCUUCUUUGUGCGUAAAAUACAUUACCUUUGUCGCCAUCAACUGAGGUGGUUGGUGACCAUCCCAAUUAUACUAUCAGUAAUAGUUCAUUUUGUGUUUGGCAUAGCGACAGUUGUUGUAACGCUCCUCAACAACGCACUCAGUGCCGCCACACACAAUAGGCUAUACACCUCCCUACCUGCUGUGUCCGCCAUGGCACUAGCUGAGGUUUUGAUUACGGUGUCACUCUGCGUACUCUUAUAUCAAAGUGGCUCGCGCUCGGCGGUCCCAAGAACGAAGAAUCUAUUGAACACACUUAUCAUCUAUGCUGUUAACCGUUGUUUUCUCACUUUACUGGUUGUCGUUGCGGAAGUCACAGUGGAUGCCGAUGACUUACUUGCAUGGGCAGUGGGAAUGAACACCACCAUUCCGAAACUAUACGCCAAUUCACUUCUAGCAUCACUGAAUACCCGGGAACACCUUCGAUCCCAGAAUUGGGGCAAGUCAAAUAUACACAUGAAUGCUGUCCACGUCGCGAAACUACCGAAGCUUUCGGGGAACGGAAAGGGCGCAACGGACCGAGAAUAACAGUUUGACGUGCGCGAAGGGCUGAUAUCGAUGUCACUGCCGUUCCGAUCCACGAUAAGACUACAGCGUUGCGAAGGGAAGGACAGGUAUGGUUUUAUCCUGCAUUCUCCAUCAUAGUACUCCGAGUAUCAGUGGAUACAUCACCUACGUACCUCUUUCUUCGUGAGGCUACGAUAAGGUUGCAAGUAAUUUAUAGUUUUCUCAUGCUCACAGGAGCCAGUGGAGCUUUAGUGGCGGUUGUCCACCAGGGUUCUCUGUGAAGUAGUGCUUCUAUAUGUUGUCCCGUUUGUUGUAUUAUAGUGCUUUCCCUAUGGUCCCAUGCUUGGAAUUUAUGGAAUUU